AUGGCGGCCUGGGUUGGGCCCGGCCCGCUGGCUGCUGCGCGCAUCCCAGCUCUGCCGAACUCCAUGUUCUACAUUCCAAACUACAUCACCCCUUAUGAGGAAGAGCAGAUUCUCACCAAACUCCCGCCCAACCGCUGGACUGUCCUCGCACAUCGCCGCCUCCAAGCCCACCCUUCCACUCUGACCGCCAACAACACUCUGCUCGCCGCGCCUCUACCGCCCUAUCUGACCACCUCGCCUGCACCCAUCGUCGAGCAUUUCGAAAAGCUCGGCAUAUUCCGAGACACCCCACACGGCGCACCCAAUCACUGCCUAGUCAAUGAAUACAGAAGAGGCGAGGGUAUCAUGCCACAUGAAGACGGAGACGCGUAUGCGCCCGUCGUCGCCACGGUUAGCCUGGGCGGUACAGUGGUCCUAGAAGUGACACCAAAACCGGGUUGGCCGGAAGGAGAAGGAAAGGACAAAGCAGAUGAGCCAUCUGCGGAGAAGAGCGGAGGUCCGACCCAAUGGCGUAUCAUUUGCGAACCUCGCUCCUUGUUAAUCACUACCCAAUCCGCCUACACCACCACACUCCACGGCAUCCCGUCUGUAGAUGUCGAUACCAAUCUUGGACCAGAGACGGUAGCCAACUGGUCGCUGCUUGGCAAUCCCCAGCCAUAUACGGAUGCGGGCGGCAAGAAUGAGCGGGGAACACGGGUCAGCUUAACGUAUCGUGAUGUUCUGAAGGUAUCCAAAGCCGGCGGAUUAGGAAAAAUGCUGGGUGGCAGUAGAAGAUGA